AUGUCUUCUACAUCCGAAAAGAUAUACGCCAAAGUAGGAGUACUGCUGUAUUCAGGAGCCGAUCUCCUGGAUUUUGCAGGGCCGAUGGAAGUUCUGGCGCAUGUCUUGCAUAAUCACAACCCGGAUGAUCCCGAUCCAAUGUUCACCAUUGAAACCAUGGCCCGAACACCCACCAUUCGAUCCAUAUGCUCUCUGACUGUAAAGGUCGACAAGCUGCUGGAAGAUGCGGUCAAGGACCUAGCCGAUUACGACAUUCUGGUUGUCCCUGGAGGUCCCCCAUCUGUUGUCCAACCUCUCCUCGAGGGAGGUUCCCCAGAGGUGGAUGUCAUCCGCAGAUUCGCCGCUUUGCCCCUGUCGUCGUCUCAGAAUCCUCGCAUUCUGUUCUCCGUCUGCACUGGCGCCUUUCUGCUUGGUGGUGCGGGAAUUCUUUCCGGAAUGACUGUGACCACUCACCAUCGUGGUGUUGACGUGCUUCGGGAAAUAUGUGGUCGGUUCAACGACAAGAAUGAACCCUCGACAACUGUCAUGCAUAAGCGCUACAUUGACGGGGGUUAUUUGCCAGGGGAUGCUGUGACCCUGCUCACCGCUGGUGGGGUGAGCUCCGGUCUUGAUGCCACGUUCCAUGUCGUGCGUGAAAUGGCGGGUGCCGACAUGGCUGCUUUUGUGUCUCGAGUGAUGGAGUAUGAUUGGACUGAGCUUAAGAAAUGA